UGGUCCCCACACCCACCUCGAGUACCCCUCCUUUUCCCCUUCAUUUUCUACCCCAACCCACUUUCCUCACCCCUCUCCUUCCCAUGGACCGAGCCCGGGAGCCCAUCGAGCCCAAGCAAACCGGCAAGGCCAGGCUCUCGAUGGCCGUCGAUGACGAUGAAGAGGAGGAACAAAUAUCGCAGGACGUCGACAAGAGGAGGAGGUCGGUAUCGUCGCCGACGCCGUCGUCGGUGGUCGCGAGGAGGCCAGCUGUCGCGGGUGGAGUCGCGUGUCAGGCCGAGAAGUGCCCUGCGGAUCUGACGGGGGCCAAGAGGUACCACCGCCGUCAUAAAGUUUGCGAGGCCCAUUCGAAGGCCCCCGUCGUCAUGGUCGCCGGCCUGCGCCAGCGAUUCUGCCAGCAAUGCAGCAGGUUCCACGAGCUAUCGGAGUUUGAUGAAACUAAGAGGAGCUGUCGCAGACGCUUAGCUGGCCACAACGAGCGACGCAGAAAGAGCUCCGCGGAGUCUCAGGGCGAGGGCUCGAGCCACUGCAGGCAAGCCGACCAAGGGGGUACUAUUCAAAUAAGCGUCCCGGGGAGUCCAUCCUACAAGCAUUUCCAGAUCAGAUAAUGAAAUUAUGCAUGCUCUCUCUCUUCUGUCAUCAUUUGGCUUAAUUUGUACUGAUUAAUGUGGUAAGUUCUCUAGCAGUAUGUGUUGUAGAAAAAUUGCACUUGACUCAUAUUUGAAGCCGUGCUAUUCUCUGGCUGUUUUGAUGUUAGUUAGCAGCCAGGUUAAUGUAUCUAUAAGCUUCGCAUGGCUAUUAAACAUUUUAUGGUGUAAUAAUAAUUUCUCUCCGUUAGAGCAUCCUGAUAUA